GACCGUCGUUGUUGGCUGCUUAUUUGCCUUCUUUGCUCAUGCGGACAAACUUGGGAUCCAAACUGUGGGAGAGCUAAAGAAAGGAAUAAACCCUCUUUCCAUACAAAAGUUGAACUUUGAUCCUAAGUACAUAUCUGCACCUAUUAAAGCAGGAACCAUCACAGCCAUGAUAGCUCUUGCAGAAGGAAUAGCAAUUGGAAGAAGUUUUGCCAUCAUGCAAAAUGAACAAAUUGAUGGUAAUAAGGAGAUGGUUGCCUUUGGACUGAUGAACAUUAUUGGCUCUUUCACCUCUUGCUACU